AUGCGGCGAGCUAUUACUAUCCUUUUCGUUGGCAAUGCUGUGGCAUUAGAACAUCAAAUUGGCGGUAUAGAUUCUUACUCCAAAACGACGACUGCUGCGUUCCCAGUGCAAAUUGAAAUGGUGCAAAGCAUCCACGAUAAUGCACCACCGUGGGAUGCCAGAGCUGUGGAUGAAGAAGAGAUCUUGCUUUCAAAGAACCAUUUGGUUGUGGCAUCUCCUACACCCCUGGUCGAUGGCGAAAGUGGAUAUUACCUUAAAAGAACAGCUGAGACGACACCCAUGAGCACUAACUCAGCCUACAUCAUCGAAAUCAGGUCAGACGACGAAGCCGGUGAGGCAAUGCUGUUUCCUCGGCAGGUGGAGAGUUCAGCAAGCGGGUUGUUGCGAACGGCAUCAGGUCUGAUAGGUGAUGAGGCAACAUCGACGAUUAAUGCUCCAGGGAACUCUACUGCCACACCGGAGGCUUCUACUGAUUCUACAGCGUCAACAUCACAGAGUCCGUUUUCUGCUAUGCCUACGACUUCUCUGCCGCCGAUCCAGUCAUCAGUUGAAACGCCAAUUGCAACCCGGACCUCUCCAGCUCCAACUUCAGCUUCACCUUCUUCACAACAGGCUUCAACUUCGGCUUCUCAAUCAGAAGAAGCGCCAGCGGGAUCUACACCUGCAUCUCUGUCAUCGAAUUCCGAGACUGCUGUAAUGUCCUCAGUUGUGGAAUCAUCAGUAUCUUCACCCGGUGACCAGUCAGAUAGCCCUGCCGCUCCUUCGACGAUUGCCAUCAGGGCUUCAACCACGCUACCACCGUCCCAAAUUACUCAGCCAGUCAUUCCUCUCCCAGGGACAACUUUGACACCCAACUCUGCCGGCCAAUUCGUGGCUGAUAACCAGACACUAGUUCCAGGAGGCUCUGCCAUUAGCAUAUCUGGAACCGCAGUCUCACUGGAUCCAUCAGCAACAGAACUCGUAGUAAAUGGCACUAGCGCUAUCAGUGUUAUUCCUACUACUGUCUAUCAAACCCCACAGCCACCAACAAUCCCCCUAGCAGGAACAAUUUUAACACUUAAUCCCGCCUCAGAAUACGUAGCCGGUACACAAACAUUGAUCCCAGGAGGCCCUGUCAUUACCAUCUCAAACACGGCUAUCUCACUCGAUCUAUCAGCAACAGAAAUCGUCGUAGGUAAUACUAGCACCGUCAAUCUCGUUCCUACUACCGUCUACCAAACCCCACAGCCACCAGCAAUCCCACUGGCAGGAACAACUCUGACGCUCAGCUCUGUCUCAGAAUACGUGGUCGGCACACAAACGUUGAUCCCAGGAGGCCCUGUCAUUACCAUCUUAGGUACAGCUGUCUCACUCGACCCCUCAGCCACCGCCGUCGUUGUGAGCGGAAUCAGUACGAACAGGGGAGCGAGUGGGUUUAUAACCAGGGGUCCGAGUGGGGUACCAACUAGGAAUGCGACGGUGACGGCGACGGCGACGACGAUCAUAGAGCCUUAUACUGGAGUGGCAUCGAAGAAUAAUAUUGAUGGAGUUGGAUGGUGGAUUUUUGCCAUCCUUGUGGUGGUGAAUAUGUUCAUGAACUAA